AACGCCCCAGCACAUGUCACCGCUCUGCGUACACGCCUGCAACUUGUCAUCCUCACUUACCACUCGACGACGCAUUCUGAAACCCUCUUGCAAUCGACGAACCUCAUAGCCGCCAAAUAUCCUUUCUCGCACACAGAAGAUCAGUACCACCAACUUGGACGCGGAACCAUGAGUCUUAGCUCGGCCGUCUUCGUAGCUGGCCUGCUGGGUGCGGCGUCAUUUGGGAUGGGAAUGCUUCCCUUGUCCGUCACGUUCUCAAAGUCUACUCUGGCUUCCUUGACAACAUACGGUACUGGACUGCUCCUCGGUGCAGCUCUAGGUGUAGUGAUACCCGAAGGAGUGCUUGGCAUUAUCGAGGCCAAUGCCCCUCGAACGGCUAUCGCACUUUCGCUGCUGAGCGGAUUUGCGUUUAUGCUUGUCGUUGAACGCCAGUUUUCCUCUCAUUCACCCACUUUCGGCGGCGUGAGUGGUCAAGCAUCGUUACCCGCAGAGUCGUCCUCCCUAGAAUUCGAUGCCGAGCUUGGUGAGCUUGAGCGAACCGAAGGUAUCGCCUCAGAUACAAGAAGUCGUCCCUACCUCUACUCAGGAUCGGAAAAUAUUGAGCUUCGUCAACGUGCAUAUCCACUCACCCUCGGAUUGGCCGUACACGCUCUUGUAGACGGGAUUGCAAUGGGUUCAGCAGCGCUCUCUGCGUCUGGCACUGAUGAAAACUCUGGACCGUCACGGUUGUUUAUCGCGGUCUUCCUUGCACUGGUCGUCCACAAAGCUCCGACUGCACUCGCUCUCACGACGUCCCUUUUAUCCAUGUCCCUCCCAGUUGCCGAAUGCAAGCGACAUCUGGCUAUCUUUAGCUCGACGACACCUAUUGCGACGCUUCUGUCGUACGCUGUGCUGUCGUUUUUCGGCGGAAGCGGCGGGGCCUGGCAGGGCACGGCGCUCCUUUUCUCGGGAGGCACGUUUCUUUACGUCGCCACUGUAUUGCAGCCUGCGCUCGCUCAUCCUCACGACGACGGUGUCGAUGGCGGCCGCAGGAAACUCCUGAUUUUACUUGCUGGGAUAGCUACGCCUUAUCUCAUUACAGCGUUGCUGCCGGAAGGCAGUGACCAUUAGUAGCACCGAAUGCGUAUCGAUAUAGCUGUGUGAAGACCUCCGGCGUCCAAGUCAUGCAUCUCCGCCUCGUCGGACCGCUCCCAGAGUCUAGCCGCGGUUGUAGAGCGGAUAUUAUCGGAGACGUCGAUGUGAUUGUC